GAAAGGCUUCGCCGUGUUCAGCGACUGAGUAGAUAAAACUACUUGUCCCAGCAGGCAGUGCGCGUGACGGCUUCCUCCCCGGAACUCUCCGCGACAGUGAGGAAAGCAGCGUGGGCUGGUGGGGGUCUGGCCGCUUUACCGAUCAUGCCGAAGGUAAAGAAGCAGCCGCGCUCGAGGCAGCAGCGCCCAGAAGGAAAAGCGCCAGGUAUCAGGUUCAACACUGGACUCGGUCAACAUAUUUUGAAAAAUCCUCUCAUUGUUAACAGCAUUAUAGAAAAGGCUUCCUUGUACCCUACUGAUGUUGUUCUAGAAGUUGGUCCUGGCACUGGAAACAUGACAGUAAAAAUGUUAGAAAAAGUGAAAAAGGUAAUCGCUUGUGAAUUGGACGUAAAACUUGCUGGUGAACUUCAGAAGAGAGUCCAGGGCACGCCUCUGGCUAACAAACUUGAAAUAAAGAUCGGAGAUGUGUUGAAAAGUGACCUGCCUUUCUUUGAUGCUUGUGUGGCUAACUUGCCUUAUCAAAUUUCAUCUCCCUUUGUUUUUAAGCUACUGCUGCACCGGCCUUUCUUCAGGUGCGCAGUCCUCAUGUUUCAAAGAGAAUUUGCUCUUCGCUUGGUUGCAAAGCCAGGCUCUCCCCUAUAUUGCAGACUCUCUGUUAAUACUCAGCUCCUAGCCCGCGUCGAUCAUCUGAUGAAGGUAGGGAAAAAUAAUUUUAAACCGCCACCCAAAGUUGAAUCCAGUGUUGUGAGAAUAGAGCCAAGGAACCCUCCACCGCCAAUCAAUUUUCAGGAGUGGGAUGGUCUACUGAGGAUAGUCUUUGUCAGGAAAAACAAGACACUCGCUGCAGUUUUUAAUUCAAAAGCUGUGAAAAAGCUUCUGGAAAAGAAUUAUCGGAUUCACUGUUCACAAAAUAACUUGGAAAUUCCAGAAGAUUUCAGUAUUGGAAGUUUCAUACAGGGGAUCCUAAAAGACACUGGUUAUGCAGAAAAACGUGCACGAGUUAUGGAUAUUGAUGACUUCAUCAGUGUUCUGCAUGGCUUCAAUGCAAAAGGCAUCCACUUCUCCUAAAGGGAAGAAUAAGAUGGAAGAGACGCUGAGCAGCAAUGCUUUUGCAAGGAUGAACUGAACAAUCUAAAGGUGGUAUCAGAAUUUCACCCAAGAUGAGUGUGUGCUAUGCUGCGCAUGCACAUCCAGCUGUUUAAUUACCCCAUUGGUGCAAAAUGGGUUCUGAAGGACAAAGCCAAUCGCCACCAUGCCUUUGUUCUGCUCUGCUCCUUUUGGGUGUUUUUUUUAAGAGAACAUAUGUGAUGCAGAGUAUAAACUCUCCAGCCAUGUUCAGGGUCACCUGAAAUGCACCUUUCAUUUUCCUUAUUGCAUUGUCUAAGCCACAGUGACCACCUGCUCCCAAGAAAAACCACCCCAACCAAGAAUAACUGUUAUGUUUGAUAUUACAACCCAUAUACUGUUACUUUAUUAAAUAAUUCAUGAUCCAAGAUGGAAACUAGGUUCUCUUAAUUGCCAAACCCACUCCUUAGUUUUUUUGUGUGUGUCAAGUUCUGUAGUCAUUCUUAGAUGGUGCAAUAAAAAAUGCUUUUGUAUCAGUGUUUUCCGCACAAACAUUGAACAUUUACAAGCACCUCAACUCUAAGCCACUGAUCUGUUGCACACUUAGGCUUCAAGACUCAUCUCCAUUUUGCUAGUUUCUUACCUGAAGUAGCAUAAACGUAAAGUUUAGCAGAUGUGUGUAUGAGUCACGUCAAGAGGUGUCCAUGCUCUUUCAGAUUCCUAAUGUGACCCCUGAACAUGCAGUUUAGUAAAAGAUACAACUCCUUGAGGCUAUGUAUACCUGGACCCUGUCAAGCGGCUUGUGGAAACCAAUAACACAUUUGAUAGUCCUCAUGGCUGGUCUUACAUUCGACUAGUAAAAUACCUCAUUCCAUUCCAAUAAGUGAUUUCAUUGCAGAAUAUUCACAUGACAACUCUCCCUUUGGAAAGAACAUUUACUUCAUUAAUUUUCUUUUCAGAGGAACUAAUAAGUGUCCUACUUUCAGAGCAAGGAAGGCUUCCUUCUUAUAUAUCACAGAUAGGGUCAAGUCAAUUUCUCCAGGCAGACCUGCUUUUUUAAGCAGAGAUGGGAUAGAGAAAAGCUUGUGCCUCUUCUAAUUAUGGUGCCACCUGAAGGCAGCUGGGAAUUGCAUCUCUUUUUUGGACACAUCCUUUCCCACAUAGACCUGCAUUUCCUAGCUUGCAUCUUUACCAUACACUCUAAGGUAUCUGAAGAAGUGUGCAUGCACAUGAAAGCUCAUACCAAUGACAAACUUAGUUGGUCUCUAAAGUGCUACUGGAAGGAAUUUUUUUUAUUUUGUAAGAGGUAGUGUGUCACUAGUGAUAUAGCUUGAUGUAAGGCAAAGCUGAACAGAAUCACAAUUUCCUGAUGCAAGGAUCUUCCAUGAAUCUUUUCUAAAACAUCCUAAUGGUAGGAUGCAGCUAUGAAAGAAGACAUUUUACAAAAGUUGUAUAGAAGUAAAAUUCUCAUCUCUAAUUUAUAUUUCAGUUAAAUUUAUUAAACACAUUGUGUAAAAUCUACAUUGCUGUUUCAGUUUUCAUGUUUACAGACAGGCGCUUUGUCACCAUGAUAUGGCAAAGGGCUACCUUUCUAUGGGGAUUAUGUUGAAUACUGAGAAACUCUGGCUCAUUUAAGCUCUCUUCUCAUUGCUUUCCCUUUAUUUCCCUCAGCCACAGCACAGAUGGGCUUAUGUUCCAGAAACAAACUAUGAAACAGUUCCAAGGAAUGUCUGUUGUUGAUAUGAGCACCUGGAAUCUAUCUUGGGAAUAGGGAGAACUCCUAGAGAGGUCUACAAUUCACUCUGACCAAAAAAAAAUACAUAUAAAGGGUAACUUUUUUAUAUCAAUUUGCAAAAAUAAUUGAAGUGCCACCAUCUUAAAAAGUGCUGGACACACAGUGCCAUUUGUGAAGUUUUCAGGCAUCAUUGUGGAAUUUCUUCAGCAUCAGAAAAGUUUUGUGGAGUUUAUUGUGCAAAUCCUCAAAUGGUACAAAUCCACCUCACUUUUCAGCUGAUGGCACUGUACAAAUGGAAAAUAUGCAUUAGCUACUUUCUUUUAAAGCAACAGUACUAACUACCUGCGGACUACAGUUAAUGCACAUGUAAACUCCCAUGCAUCAGAAGCCAAUUUUAGUCGUACGUGACGGGGUUACUUUGGUAUCCUAGUCAUUGGAUACCUUUCCUGCCCAUAUGCAGAGAUUCGAUUGCACCUUAUUCUGACAUCACACUAGCACACAUACCGUAUAUCUGUAUUAUCCUAAGAUACAACUCUCCUUCAUAAUCAAGUACCUUUUAUUAUACAUCCACUAAUUUAUAGAUUUGCUCUUUACAAAGAAAAUGUUA